AUGGAGAAAGCUGAUGUGAAGAACAAACGGGAAAAAUGGUUCAUGGGCAGGAGGCUCACUAUUCAGAAGAGAGGGGUAGCUCUUAAUGAUUUUGAUAGGGUCAAGCUCAUGUUGGCAAAGAUCAAGAAGACUGGAAUUGUCAGGCAGGAGCUUGCAAAACUCAAAAACGACAGCCAAAGAUUUAUUUGCUUUCGAGCUUCUCAUUAUCUUACAAACUAA